CUUCCUGAAACCAAAGCUGGUUUUCCUUUUUUCCCCAAUACUUUAUUCCAUGCACACAGUUCCCCUUCCCCCAUAUAUACCCCCUCUCUUUCUAUUUCUUUUCCCAACCAUCCAUUGCUCUCUCUUCUACUUCUUGCCAUCUAUUCUUUUUUUCUUUUUAAAAAAGCAUCGCCUGUUAGUUUUACUUGAGUAAUAUUUUAAUUGUGAAGUCUGGCCAGUGCCGGUGAAGUCUUGAGAUACACUCUAUAGCAUUCUUUUUCUGUUGUUGCUUUAUACAAGCCAUGUCUCCGGCAAUGAACUUGACAGUCCAAAAUGUUGAGGAAGAUGAUAAUCAGUACCAAAAAGGAGUGAAAUAUCUAUGCGAGAAAGGGAUAGCUAAAGUACCUACAAAGUACAUAUUGCCCGUCCCGGACCGCCCUAAUACUUUUACUGGAAAAGAAAUGGAUAGCAGCAACACUAAUCUCAAGUUACCAGUGAUCGAUUUCGCACAGUUACAAGGCUCAGACAGAACCCAAGUUCUCAAAUACCUUUCUAAAGCUUGUGAAGAAUAUGGUUUCUUUCAGUUGAUAAACGAUGGCAUUCCAAGUGAAGCUAUCGCUGACAUGGUUGAAGCAGGUAGGAAAUUUUUCGAGCUCCCGUUCGAAGAAAGAUCCAAGUACAUGUCGAAAGACCUGCGUUCUCCGGCGAGAUAUGGAACAAGUUUCAACCAGAAUAAGGACAGAGUGUUUUGCUGGAGAGACUUCUUAAAGCUUAACUGCAAUCAUCUGUCAGAAAGUCUUCCCUUCUGGCCUUCUUCUCCUUCUCAACUGAGGGAAGCAGCCGUUAACUACUCUAAGCAAACAAAAUUCUUGUAUCUGAUGCUAGUAGAGGCAAUCUUAGAGAGUCUAGGAUUGGAGGAAACAUGCAUAAAAGACCAUGAAAAGGAUAGUAACUUGAAAGAAUUUGAAGAUGGGAGUCAACUUCUUGUGGUUAAUUGCUACCCUUCAUGCCCUGAACCUGAUCUAACUCUUGGAAUGCCACCACAUUCCGACUAUGGCUUCCUUACGCUUCUUCUGCAAGAUGAACUAGUGAAGGGUCUUCAGAUUCAGCAUCAAGGCAAAUGGGUUUCUGUGGAGCCGAUUCCUAAUUCGUUUGUUGUUAACGUUGGCGAUCAUCUUGAGAUAUUUAGCAAUGGAAAAUACAAGAGCGUACUCCACAGGGUUCUUGUUAAUCCAUCAAACUCUAGGAUUUCAAUUGCUUCAUUGCACAGUUUACCUUUCAGCAGCACCAUUCGACCGUCACCAAGACUCGUCAACGAAGCCAAUCCCAAGCUUUACAAAGACACAAAUUUUGCAAAUUUCAUGGAUUACAUUACAUCUUGCGAGCACAAGAGCAAGAGUUUCUUGGAAUCCAGGAAGCUGGUGUCUUAAAAUAAAAUAAACUAGACAAGAAAAUAAAAACCAGAAAUGUCUAGUCAUUUUGACUUUCUUUAGGACCAAAAUAAAUAUAUCUAUACAUAUAAUAUAUAAAAAAAAAAAAAGAAAUUGUUGGAAAAUUAGAGGAUUAUAGAAAAUUAUAAUUGUAUUUUGGAAAUUUUAUGCAUAAUAAAAGCAGAUAAUGCUGCUGGAUAUAUUUCCAUUGUCACUGCCAA